AUGGCGGCCAAGCGCAUACGCAAGGAGAUCACCGACCUCGCGCGCGAGAACCUCGGCGAUAUCAAGCUCGCGCCCAACGAGUCCAACAUCUUCCAGUGGCGCGCCGUGCUCCCCGGCCCCGCGGGAUCGCCGUACGAGGGCGGCGUGUUCGAGGUCGAUGUGCGCGUGCCGGACGAUUACCCAUUCUCCCCGCCCCAGCUCCAGUUCCUCACCAAGGUGUACCACUGCAACAUUGCGUCGACGGGUGUCAUUUGUCUUGAUCUCCUCAAAACGGCCUGGUCGCCCGCGCUGUCCCUCUACAAGGUCGUCCUCUCCCUCUCGUCGCUCCUCACCGACCCCAACCCCGGCGACCCGCUCGUGCCGGCCAUUGCACAAGAGUACAAGAGAAAUCGCAAAAAGCACGACGAGACGGCACGCGAAUGGGUCAAACUGUACGCUCUGCCCAAGAGUUCUGAACCCGAGCCGGCAGCACCACCACCACCGACGCGCCCCGCAUCGGCGCGUGGACCACGAGGUGCCGUGUCGCGCGCCGGGACGAGCUCAAGAUCAGCCACGCCGCCGCGCGCGGUUACCGGCGUGCGCCGCCGUGAGGACCGCGGGUCGGGGCUCAACAAUGCCAUCGACCUGUUAUCCGACGACGAUGAUGACGUCGAGGUUCUUGGCGAGAGCUCGACAAAUGGGAAUGCCGCCGAGCAGCCGCCGCGCAGGUCGAAGCGUGCCCGCGUGGCGAGCGAUAGCGGCGGCGGAGGUGGAGAGGCCGGUGGCUCGGGUGAGGUCAUUGUUGUGGAUGACUAG